AUGCCACAAUCAUUUACAUCUAUUGUCAAGAUAGGAGACUAUAUCUUAAAGUCUCCAACCCUCUCUAAAUUCUGCGUUCCCGUGGCUCAAAAAUUCGUUAAAUAUUCUGGUUACAGGAAGCUAGGUUUGACCUUUAAUGAUAUAUUAGCUGAGGAAAACCCUGUGAUGCAAACAGCUAUACGAAGAUUACCUGAAGAAGACUCUUAUGCCAGAAAUUAUAGAAUUAUUAGAGCUCAUCAAACCGAAUUAACUCAUCAUCUUCUACCAAGAAAUGAAUGGAUUAAGGCACAAGAAGAUGUUCCAUACUUAUUACCUUACAUAUUGGAAGCAGAAGCUGCCACUAAGGAGAAAGAGGAAUUGGAUAAUCUUGAGGUUGCCAACCCAAAGUAA